AGGAAAUGUCAACGUCACCCCUGCCAAAGUACUAUCCCAACUUCACCACGUUCGUUCCACUCUUUUCCCAAUAACCAUCAUUAUUGCUCCGAUCCACCUUACUAAGGAUUAUCUUCAACUUCAAAAUACACACUAUAACAAUGAUUGCCCAAAGAACAAUUCUUCCCCUGCUACGCUCAGCGGCAAAGCCGGGAUUCGCUCCAGUCCGCAGCUUCUCGACCUCCAAGUCUCUUAAGGAUGCGGCGGCUUCCACAUUGCCUGCCAGAAAACCAGUUGGAGCGUUUCGAGGAGGAAUGUUUGGCUUCCUCUCUGGGGCGGUUGCUGCCGGUGCAGUUGUCUAUUAUUACAUUCUCGGGGAAUACCGAGUAUCCAACGAGAUGCUGAAUGAAGAUAUCAAUGCCCUUCAAUCAGCGACGCAUAGGCUCCAAACGUACAUCGUGGAGCUGGAAACCAAGAUGGACCAACUACAGAAGAAAAAAUAAGCUACAGCUAACAAGGAAAGCGAUUCUAUGUAAUCUUAUAUCCUGUUUCUUUUCUUUUCUUUUCCUUUCUUUCUACUUAAGCCUCUAUGUCUGGUGCUUGUUCUUGUCUUUGUUUUGACCCGAAAAUAAUAACAAUUGGGCGCAUUCUCAUUGGCCGUUGCUGAGUCGAUUGCUAUCUGCGAGAUUUUCUGCGCUAUUAACACGAUAUUCUAUCUAAUCUAUCAUUCUAAAAGUUCUCAGAGCUAUCAUUAAGCAGAUUAUCAUGUCUAGAUUAUUUGCCUUCGCCCUUUAAAGUAUGGACGGCCUGUGGCGUCAUCAUCCCAGCAAUGCAAACACGACAAACGCCCCAAAAAACAC